AAGGCAGAGAGUGUGUGAACUGUGGAGCAACUGCCACCCCUCUCUGGAGAAGAGACGGCACCGGGCAUUACCUGUGUAACGCCUGCGGGCUCUACCACAAAAUGAAUGGUCAAAACCGACCUCUCAUUAAACCUAAACGAAGGCUGUCAGCGGCUAGGAGAGCAGGGACUUGUUGUGCCAACUGUCAGACAACCACCACGACCUUAUGGCGACGUAAUGCAAACGGGGACCCGGUUUGUAAUGCCUGCGGACUCUACUAUAAAUUGCACAAUGUGAACAGGCCUCUGACCAUGAAAAAGGAAGGAAUUCAGACCAGGAAUAGGAAAAUGUCCAACAAAUCAAAGAAAAGCAAGAAAGGCUCUGAGUGUUUUGAGGAACUGUCCAAGUGCAUGCAGGAGAAAUCGUCUCCCUUCAGCGCUGCUGCCCUUGCUAGUCACAUGGCACCCAUGGGGCAUUUGCCACCUUUCAGCCACUCUGGACACAUCCUGCCAACACCUACCCCCAUCCACCCAUCUUCCAGCAUCUCAUUUGGACAUCCACACCCAUCCAGCAUGGUUACAGCCAUGGGAUAAAACCUGAUGACCAAGAGACCCACCCAGAGAUUAAGAACAUGGGGCUUUGCCUAAGGUGACACCACAUAAGAAAACGUUCUGCCAAGAGGAGAAUGUAGGGAUGGCAAAAGGGGAUCUUUGCUCCCAUGUGGUUUAACUCUUAAUGCUGGACUAAAACCGUGCAAAUGAUGGGUCUUCGGCAGAAACAGUGUGGUGGUGCCUGUAAUGCACUUUGCCCCCUCAGGUAUAAGGAAAAAUAACUCACCUGUUCAAUAAUCAAUGGUCCAGCGGGAAGCAAAAGGUGGCAGAAGCUGAAGAAAAAGGCUUGGAACUGGCUUUCCUUUCUCUCUUUGUUAUUACUGUGAAUAUUGUAAAGAGAUAUAAGCAGCCUCCCAGGAUGGAAUCGGCUCACUGGAAGCCAGACAUGCUGGAUUUCUAUCACGGAUUUUGUUUGGGAUGGGGAAAAAAAAGAGAAAAAGGAAAAAAAAAAAAAAAAGAAAGAAAAAAAGAAAAGGACAUCUUUAUAAAAACGUAAUUUUUAAAAUGGAAUCAGACACAAAGUCAUAUUUAUUUUGCUCUUGUUUUCCACAAAAAGCCUCAACCCCUCUGAUUGCAUGUUUUUGUGCUGUUGUUUGCAAUGGCUACCCUGUAAGAGAACCUGCCUUCAAAACAAGGAGGAGGAGGGGGAAACAUUCAGCGAUCCCCUUGGAUUAGCUCCAUCUAUCUUCCAUACCAAAAUAUCUACUAGGAAGGGGGAAAAGACUUGGU